AUGCCACCUAAAAAAGAUUUACCAAAAAGCUUUAAAUUCACCAAAGUCGCUGGACUAAAGUACAAAUUCGGAGCACACGUCGGAGCUUCAGGUGGUGUUUCCAACUCUGUUUUGAAUGCUAGAAAUAUCGGAGCUAAUAGUUUUGCUUUAUUUUUGAAAAGUCCUAGAAAAUGGGAAUCACCAGCAAUAACUGAAAAAGAAGCUUCUGAGUUCAAAAGAUUAUGUGAGGAACAUGGUUAUGACCCAAAAACUGACAUUUUGCCCCAUGGGUCAUAUUUCAUCAACCUUGCAAACCCAGACAAAGAAAAGGAAGAUAAGGCAUAUGGUGGUUUCAUUGAUGAUUUGAAAAGAUGCGAGCAAUUGGGUAUUGGUCUAUACAACUUCCACCCAGGUUCAAGUCUCGAUGGUGAUCAUGGGGAUGCUAUCAAAAAAUUGGCCAAAAAUAUAAAUAGAGCAAUUGAAGAAACUAGUUUCGUAAAGAUUGUUAUUGAAAAUAUGGCAGGUCAUGGGAAUUUAAUUGGUUCAAACUUGAAAGAUUUAAAAGAUGUUCUUGAUUUGGUGGAGAAAAAGGAACGUGUUGGUGUUUGUAUUGAUACUUGUCAUACAUUUGCAGCUGGAUAUGACAUUCGUACCGAAGAAUUAUUCAAUAAAUUUUUAGAUGAAUUUGACGAAGUUGUUGGGGCUCAAUAUUUAUCAGCCAUCCACUUAAAUGAUUCAAAAGCUCCACUGGGUGCUAAUAGAGAUCUUCAUCAGAGGUUAGGUUAUGGGUUUUUAGGACUGGAAAUAUUUAGAGCUAUCGCAAAUUCUAAGAGAUUAGAAGGAUUACCAAUUGUCCUUGAAACCCCAGUGGGCAAAGAUGAGUCAAUAUGGGGUGAUGAGAUCAAACUUUUAGAAAGUUUAACUGGAAAAUCUGUUGAUGAUCAAGAAGUUUUAGAUCAAAACGAAGAGCUACAAAAAUUGGGAGCCAAAGAAAGAAAAGAACAAUUGGACAAAUACGACAAGAAGGUCGAAACUAAAAAGAGAAAAGAUGCUAAAGCUUCAUCAGGGGCCAUAGAUAAGCUUUUGAAGAAGCAAAAAAAGUGAAAGAUGAUUUAGUUUUUAAUUAAUUCAGGUACUUAACCGUUUAUUGUAGGUUUACUGACACGUAUUAUCAUGGCAGCAGCCUGAUAAAAAAAAAACAAUAGACACAACCUGGAACAAAUCCCCUUUUUGAAACGGUUUCUAAUU